AUGCUGCCGCUCCCCGUCUCGUGCGUCUUGUGGCACGUCAGCGGGUCGGGCCUGGUGGUGGCCGUGGCGGCGAGCGAGGCGCUGGCUGGGCGCACCACAGGCCUGCUGGGGAAGCGCGCCGACGGCACCAUCGACCCCGUGCGCUUCACCCUGCUGUGGCCGUACCACGUGGGACUGCGUGCCAAGCUGGCGCUGCAGCGCCGCUUCUCCUCCGAGCCCAGCUUUGACCAGGUCACGCCAGACCACUACAUUGGCGCCUGGCCCAGCGAGCAGAAUCUGGUGCCCACGGUGCACCCCGCUGUGCUGGACGUGACGUGCGAGCUGCCGCUGCAGCUGGCCCCGCCCGCCUACCUGAACCUGGCGGUGUGGGACACGCACGCGCCCACGCCGGCGCAGAUUGACCAGGGCGUGCAGUGGGCCAUGCAGCAGCGGGCGGCGGGGCGGCCCAUCCUGGUGCACUGCGCGCACGGCCACGGCAGGUCGGCGACCGUGCUGGGGGCCAUUCUCAUUGCUGAGGGCGUAGCCAAGGGCGCGGCGGAUGCGGAGGCGGUGAUGAAGGCGGAGCGGCCGCGGGUGCGCCUCAACCGCCGGCAGCGGGCAGCCCUGAAGCAAUGGGUGGCGGAGCGGGAGGGCGCGAAGCAGGAAGGAGGGUCGGGACGGAAAGGAGGGUUCCAGCCCCACCUCGACACCAUGGCGGAGCAGGACAUGGAGGAACUGCCACCCGCUUUGGACUCGACAGACGUCCUGGAGAUGGUGCUAGACAAACUCAAGGUGAACGACCUAGCUGCCGCCGCCCAGGUGUCCAGGCACUGGCGGGCCGCCAGCCUCGCCGCCGACUCAGCAUGGCGCGCCGCUUUUGAGGUGGGCCUGGCUUAUUCCGGCCUAGAUCAGACGCAGCGAGCGGUGGAUCCAAGCGUUUCGGCCACACCGGCCUGGAGCCUUGACUCAGGAGGAGUUUGGUGAGGCCAAGGCCGUGGACUACCCACGCCAGCGCACGUGGCGCGACAAGUUCAUCGCCUGCCUGCUGGACAACGCGUGCCACAAGCUGCGCAGCAAAGCUCGAUACCUGGAUGAGCUGGAGGACAGCGCUGGCAUGCUGGAGAAGAAUUCCCAGACGCUGCUGGCCAGCCUCAACCAGAUGGACCGCACGCUGUCGCGCCGCAAGCACGACCUGAACGGCCUUCUGGCCAGCGUGGCAGGCAGGGCCAGCACGCACAUGGAGAGCCAGCGCGGCAAGGAGCUGCUGGCGCUGGCUGCGGCGGGCGGCGACCUGGCGCGCUGCCCGCGCCUCACCCCGGACCUCUGCGCCUCGCUCAGGGACAUGCUAAGGGAUGUGGAGUUCUGGAAGGCCAGCAUCGCAGAGGAGCGCGACUCGCUGCACCGCAUGUGGGACAGCCUGUCCUACAUACAAACCUGCGUGAAGAAGGCCAAGGCCGACGUCAGCACCCUGCAGCGCCGCAAGGCGCAGCUGGAGGCGGCCACCCGGUACCGCCCCACCGUCCGCCGCUGCUGA